CAAAGAUGGCGUUCACGACGAUGGCUACUACACGAACAAAGCCAGCAGAACACUAAAUAUAAAAGUUGUAAAUUGUAGUGAAAACAUUGUUGAAAAAGUGCAAAUCAAGCUAAAAAGGCAAACGAAAAUUGUUGUACCAUGUGUAAACUAAAAAAGGGUUACGCAAACUAACCAUUUGCCCAUUGCUGUGGAAGUUUUGUGUAAUUCAAAACAUAUACAUACAUAUGUAUGUAGUUUGUGUUUCGUGGUCAAAAAGAAUAUACAAAUCUCCGAUCCACACCUUUUAUCACAACUUUAGAAGGUACGGUUUUGCUGCUAUUUGUGACAAAGUAAACAUCAUCUAUAUUGCUGCCACCAAACAACAACUAUAACAAAAAACUAAAAGAAAGAACUAGUUUGCAUUUUGUGCAAAAUUUUGUAUCCACCAUCUGCCGUCCACAAAUCUGAGGUAAAAUGGCGACUAGCGACGAUGAACCGAUGCACUUGUAUGAAGUGUUUCAAAACUGUUUUAACAAGAUAGCAAAUAAGCAACCGUCGGGCAAUGUGGGGACCGAACGAGGUGGCGGCUAUCACUCACCAUAUGGAGGCCUUGCUGUGGAAAAUGGAAUGUACUCAAGCGAUUUCAAUUCCAUUCAUUCUGAUGGCGUUGGCGGUGGCGGAGGACCCCCAAGCAACAAUCGAUUCGCCAAUGUGUCGACGGUUGAUCAGUAUUUCGAUUCGGGAGCAACUAGCAGCGCUGGAUGGUAUCAAUCCCAAAUGAACAGCGGCCCGACUCCCAACUAUAUGAAUCAGACAACUUAUCAAAACAACACUCCAAUAUCUGCACACAAUUUGGACCACCAACAACAACAAGUGCUUAAUGCUGCCAAUGAUGGCACGAGUAUUGGUAUCCAAAUGGGCGGCGUUGGUGAGAGUGGAGGUCACCUGGGUAUGCAUAGUCCGGCAGCGACAUCGCUCCCGCCAAUGAGCUCAUUCCGUGGCGGUGGUUCCGGCAGCAUACCAAACAUUGUUGGCGGCCCAGCACCGACAGUGUUAUCGCCGGCCGUCUACAACUCGCCGCAACAUAAUCACAAUCAACAAGCAACAGUACAGCAACAAGCACAGCACAGUUCAUUAGCGUCUGCUGGUCAACUCGGUCACCAUUCCCUUAAUCAUCAUAACCCGCUACCUCAUGCACAUUCCCAUCACAAUCAGCAACUAAGUCCUGCAGUGCAGAGCGCGGACGGCUUUGGUGGUGGCGGCCCCAAUGCGAAAGUCGGUGUCGGUGUCGGAGCUGGUAAUUCUUCGGCAACGUCAUUGCGACAGCAAAUCUAUAUGUCGGCUGCAGCCGUGGCCGAUCAGAGUAUUAGUAGCUUCAGUUCAAAUCCAUCAACGCCCGUCAAUUCACCGCCACCGUUAACGCAGUCUGGAGUUGGAGUUGGUGGCGAUGCAGCCUCUGUGUCUGGCAAUACAGGUGGCUGGAGUCAUACGGUCUUAAAUAGCGGUGCCAGCUCGAGCUAUGCUAGCGAUAUGGUGGUGCCAGUAACUAGUUUACAUACCAUGGCAUCGGUGUUUCAAGGUGCACGCAUGGAGGAGCGUCUUGAUGAUGCUCUGAACGUGCUACGAAACCAUUGCGAGCCUGAAAUUUUGGCAAGUGUGAAUAGCACAUUGAAUGCAUUGGACAAUGCUGAAACGUUAUCUUCCUUCGUGGCCAAUUCCCCAACGUCCCACGUCCUUGGCGGUGCCAGUUCGGCUGGCAAUGGCUCGCUUGGUGGUGCUGGAGGACCCAAUUCAUCAAGUACACUGUCCCACGAUGUGCUUUCAAGUGCGUCGGCUGGCGGAUCGGGUUUGACGAACAUUAAAAUUGAACGUGGUGGAUCGACGUCAAUAACAACGUCCGGAUCGAAGCCAACAAAGAAACGAAAGGAGCAAAGUGGAAUGAGCAAUGCCGGCGUCUCAACCACAUCCAAUCUUUCGAGUCUGGACAUUUCGGAUACGAAACCAACCAGUUCUGUGGAACCCUCAAAUGCCAAUCAACUGCAACAGCUUGCUGCGCAGGGAGCUGCAAAGGCUGCGAAACGACCGCGACGAUACUGUUCGUCCGCCGACGAUGAUGACGAUGCCGAGCCGGCUGUUAAGGCAAUACGCGAAAAGGAACGACGUCAGGCAAAUAAUGCACGCGAACGCAUUCGUAUACGUGAUAUUAAUGAGGCUUUGAAAGAAUUGGGACGUAUGUGUAUGACACACCUGAAAUCAGAUAAACCUCAAACUAAACUCGGCAUUCUGAACAUGGCUGUGGAGGUGAUUAUGACGCUAGAGCAACAGGUACGCGAACGCAAUCUGAAUCCAAAGGCUGCAUGCUUGAAACGACGUGAAGAAGAGAAGGCAGAGGACGGACCCAAAAUGGUUGGUGUGCAACACCAUAUGAUACCACAACAACAGCAACAGCAGCCAUCCGUGAGCAGCGUCGUCGGCGCAAACAGCUAUCAUAGUCAGCCUUCACAACUUGUGCCAGCGACGUCGCAGACGCUAAGUAGCAUGGCCUUACCUACCAAUCAGGCUAACAGCGUAUUGCCGCCACAUUUGCAGCAACAGAUUGGUCAGCAUCCACAGCAAUAGCAAGCAGUCAGCAGCGAUGAUCUAAAGGCAUCACCAUCUUCCAUUACAACAGCAGCAACAACAACAGCAACAGUAACUCAAUUGAUGCAUGGCUCGACGGCAAAGUACUCAACCAGCUUCGAGCUAGAGCAACAGUUAUUAAGCAAUUUUUUCAGACGUCAUGCCGCUAACAACAAUCCCGAGGCAAUACCAAUACCCCCCUUGCAACAUCAUCCCUUUUAGCCUAUUUUUAUAUAUGUCGAUUAUUUUUUUAUUGCGCUCUUCAAGAAUAUAAUAUAUAGGGCUGCAAACCUCAAAUGUUUUAACAAGGGUUCAGCUCGUGACACGUUUUUAAGAGCUCAUGAAGCCAAGAUUUUAAUUCGAACAUUAGUUCACUUUUAAAAUGUUUUCAACUAUUUAUUAAAAAUGAUUCCAUACUCAUAUUCUCAACAUAUUUUACAAUUUCAUUGUUAAUUCAAGUGCUUUAUAUGAGUUAUAUUUUUGCGUCAAGUGUAAUAUCUUUUUAUAUAUCUGAGUAGAAGAAGUUCCACAACAAAGAUUCUUUGUACUUGCAAACCAAACUUUCUUUUAAUAAGGUUUGCAGCCCUUAUACAAUAUACAUAUAUGCGAAUAUACAGUUUUUAUCAACUAUAUCAAUUGUAUAUACUUGUUUUUAAUAAUUUUUCGACGGAGCAAACAUCAUUUCCGAUUAUUAAGAAUGAAUUUUUGAUCCCCAUAAUAUAUACAAAAAUGUAUAAUAUUAUGUGGAUUUUACAUCAUUUAAAGCGAUGUCGCCAUGUAGCCAUCUUUUCAUGCAUACAUAAUUAUAUAAUUAGCUCUAAGUAGGUUUAUUUACAAGCAACACAAAAAUGAAAAGAAAUCUAUAUAAAAAAAAAAAACAUGAAAAUUUCACACAAACCCCAUUUCAUACAUACAAAAUUUCUUGUAUUCCCCCAUAUCUUUAGGACUCUAUACAUAAGAAGUAUAUGCAUAUUCAUUUUUCUUAAUCGUGUUAAAUGCUCGCAUGUAAUUAAAACAAACAACAAAUAAAUAACAUAAUGCAACCGA